GUUUGCAGGUACAGAAUAGUUAUCUGACACAUGAGGGGUGCAUACAAAUGUAGGUGAAUGAUAAAAUACGUUCGCGUUUCAUAUAAUAAUAAUAUAACGAGUUACACAGUCGGAAAUUUAACGGAGAUGUCAAAGGAUUCUGUACAGACAACGUUUUGUGGAAGUGUGUGCAAAAACUGAAAACGCAUUCACUAGAGGAAACAUAACUUACUGGACAGUCGAUAGGUUAUAUCGACUUUCAAAACAAAAGAACGAAGCUGGUGAUCAAUAAGUUAAAAUGUCAGCGGAAAAGAAUGCUGAUGACCUUCUUCUAAGUAUUGGAGGUUGUGGACGUUACCAAUGGCGAUUAGUGGUAACUUUACAUCUUCUGCAAAUACUCGUCGUCUUCAGUUUGAACAGCAACAUCAUCAUAUCUGCAACCAAAGAAUGGCGAUGCGCUGAUGAAACUAUUUGCGGAAGAAUUAGAAAUGUUUCUGACUUUUCCAACUCAACACAUGGGUGUCCUGUAAAACAAUGCAAAUUUACAUUGGUUGAUAAUGAAACGGUAGAAUGUGAGCGGUUCCAGUUCCAUGAUAAUACGACGUUUGUUGCAGAGUGGGGUCUGGUGUGUGGGAAGUCAUACAUACCGACAACGAUACAAAGUAUGGAUUUAGCUGGUGUGAUGGUCGGACAUGUGAUAUCCGGACAAAUCGCUGAUCUAGUUGGACGUAGAAUCCCUCUAUACGCGACAAUUCUAUGUAUAAUGGUGUUUAAUUUGAUUGGCUAUUUCUCGGUGACUUGGUCUAUGCUGGCAGCGUCAAGAUUUCUGCUAGGUGUAGGGGUGUCAAUGUUUCUUACGGUCAGUUAUUCAUUGUCGUCCGAGUUUACAGUCAAUAAAUGGAGAGUCUGGGCCAUUGGUUUUCCUUCCUGGUUCGUUGAAGUGUGCAUGUUCUCACUUUUUGCCUGGUUACUUCAGGACUGGCGAUAUAUCUUACUGAUGUGUGCAUUGCUGGGAGUGCCAUUUCUCUUCACUUGGAGGUUGAUACCAGAGAGCUUUCGAUGGUAUCUGGCACACGACAAAAUUGAUAAGGCCACCGCCAUCAUUCAAUCAGUUGCAGAUGCCAACGGAAAACAGUAUCCAGAUCUUAAAGACUUUAAUGAAAUAAAUUCAGGGCAGACGUUACGAGAAAGAAAAUACACAUUUUGGCAUUUGUUUAAAACACGUCAUCUGAUUCGGAUUACAUUGUUAUUAGUCGUAGUCUGGAUUGGUCUUGGAUUGAUAUCGUACGGAAUUAUGUAUGGAAUACAAACCUUAUCAGGAAAUAUCUACUUGAAUCUUGCACUUUUCAAUAUUGUGCCACUUCCUGUAGUUUUUCUUAGCAAUUUUCUGCAAAACAAGGUAGGGAGACGCAUUACAACAAGCAUGUGUUUCCUUGUUGUCACGGUAGGAGGAGCAAUAGCGGCAUCUGUUCAGGUCUUUGACGCACCGCACAAGGGCAUAGUAACUCUCGUAGCUGCGAUGGUUGCUAACGUUGGUAUAGGAACGGCAUGGGGACCCGUGCAAACCAUGACCCUGGAACUCUAUCCGACUGUUAUAAGGAGCAUAGGAUAUGGGUCAAUGAACGUGGUUUCAAAAGCAGGAGCGAUUCUAGGGCCACAGCUGAAUUACUUGAAUACGUUUUUAUCCCGGAUCUCUUUUCUUCAUCUUUGCGGGGGUGGCUUUCAUCAGCAUACUGUGCUGCCUUGGUCUACCCGAGACAAAAGAUUCCAACCUUAGCGACAAGAUUGUAGAAGAAAGCAGCGGUUAUGCGAAAAUAAGCUGAAUCCAGACUAUGUCCUAUAAAGAUAUAUAAAAUGUUGAUAUUAAUUUUGUUAAUAAAUGUUACACUUACAAACUUUUAGAACACAUUUUUAAAACAUGAACUUUGUCUCUGAUUCAACGGAAGCCAAAACGAGUAUUUAUCCAAAGCUCGUAUGUUGAGAGCCAGAACACACACACACCGAUCUUACAGGGAUGCAUUUUCGGACAUGCGCACCAUACAUAGAGGGGAAAUAUUUAGGUCUGGUGCAAAAUUGCCAACAAUAAAGAUGGACAACUGAUGCAACCAGUCAGGUUUUUCUUCUUAUAGAUUCUUCAAAGAAUGAAAAAAACAAAAUGCCUGUUCUGCCAAAUAUUAAACCAAGAUAUUCCCACUA